AUGGAAAACGCAGUUAACAUUUUAAAUGAAGUUAUUGGAAAAAUAAAAGAUUAUAACAAAAAAUAUGGAAUAAAUUUGGACGAAUUUCACAACGUAUUGUUUGUAACGAGUAUAUUAUUGGCAUUGUUAUUUAUUUUUUAUAUAUUUUUUAUUUUAUUUGCUAUAUUUUUUAAAAAAUCAAAAUCAAAUAAAGUUGUAUUAUUAUUAGGACCAUGCGAAAGUGGUAAAACCACUUUCCUUUUUAAAUUAAAAACAGAUAAAAUGUGUAGAACUGUCCCAUCAAUGAAAGAAAAUGUUGCUUUUAUAUUUUUAAAAAAUAUUAAAAAGUCAAAAUAUAUACAAUUUGUUGAUUUUCCUGGUCAUCCUAAAUUAGCCUUUGGUAUUAAAAAGUAUCUAAACAUUACAAAUGUAAUUGUUUAUUUACUUGACAGUUCAGAUAGACAAUCUCUCAAAUAUGUCGCAGAAAACAUGUUGGAAUUAUUUAUGAAUAAGGCAAUUGUCAAAAGACAAAUUCCUAUCAUCAUUUUUUGCAAUAAAACAGAUUUGUGUAAUUCGCGUCCAAAGAAAGUUAUUAAAGAGGAUUUAGAAAGAGAAAUCGAAAUUUUGAAGAUGUCUAAAUACAAUUCUCUUGAAGAUGAUAUUAAUGAUGAAACGGAAUGUUUUCUUGGCGUCAAUUCAGAAUUCUUUAGAUUUGAAAGGGCUCCAAUCCCAGUGGAAAUGUGCAGCGCUUCAAUAAAAAAUAAUAAUGUGGAUGAGGUUAUUGAGCUUAUUGGAAAAUAUUAUUAA